CUCCAUCCCCCCCACCUCCCCGCGAACGCCUCUUCGCGCUCUAUUUUUAAAGGGAGAGAAACUUCAGAAACUUGUAACGGCACCAGCCCGCGGCUUGCCGACGGGGAGUCGGCGGCUCCCACCGGACGGGAACGGAACCCGAGGACGAAGUUAACAAUGAAAUCACGUGAAAGAGUUGAGAGCCGCACAUCUGCGCUCCCAGCUUCGCCGAAGCCGCGGCCGCCCGGAGGCCGGUCCCGGGCGGUGGGGCGCGGGCGGGCCUGGCGGCUCCGCGCUGACAGGCGCCCGCCGCCCCCGGCGCCGGGGCUGACAGCCCGGCGCACACGCCGCCGCACGUGCGCCCUCCGCACCACAACACGGCCGCCUGUCACCCCGCGCCGCGCGGCCGCAGGGGCCGAGCGCGAGCGCCGGGAGCGCGGGCGCAGGGGCCGGGCGGGCCGGGCGGCGGGCGCAGGAGCCAGGCCGGUGGGCGCGCCCCGAGGGAGAGCCGGCCGCCUGCACGGCCCGCCCGCGGCUUCGCGGCCUGGGCCACCGCCGCCGCCCCCUCCCGGCUGCCCGCUCCCCGGCCGAGCCCGGCCCGGGCCGCCGGCGGCGGCGCGCGGGCCGCGGGGCGGGGGAGCCGGGAGCCGGCCGGGCGCGAGGGGGCGGCCGUGGCGCCCCAGCCCGAGGCCUGGCGCAGAGCAGCGGGAGGCGGCGCAGGCCGCGGCGGGGCCUGCAGCGGCCACCGGCCCCGCGAAGCGGCGAGGCGGGUCCCGGAGCGGCUCAGCCUCGGGCUUGACGGCCGGGGGCGGCCGGGGGCGGCCCCUCGACUACUUACCGGGGGAGAAGAGCGCCGGAAGCCAGUCACCACAAUCCUGCCUGCAUCGCGGGAAGGGAAGCUUCACCUCCUGGAGAAGGAUUGAAGAACGACCAAGCAUUCAAGCAAUGAUUACCCUCCAAAGGAGGAAUGUGUGGUGGCAAGGGCACCCCUCCAAACUGCAAAUUGUGCUGUAAAUUGUGCCUGUCACUCUCACACGGCAACCUUCCUUGGCUCCCGAUCACCUAUGGAAGAAAGGCCAUGCUUCUCAGUGAGACCUGCAGAGUUCACCUGCUAAGCACAUUUUCUUGCCCUCCCCAUCCUCUGCCUUCCUGAAUUACUUGUAACAUAUCAGAUAUGCUGUGUUUUCUCCUAUCUACAUGAGUCCACAUAUGCAGUUCCAUUCUGACUGGAAAGUUCUUUUCUUGUUUGUCUCUCUGAGGCUGCAGGCAAUUACAUUGUUGAUCCCUGCCUGUUGCUAACAGGCCAUUCUACCAUUCUAUGUGGGCAGCUAGCUGUCUGCUGUUGGGUGACUGAAUACAUGGUAAGAUCAGAGAGUCCUGAGAAGAUAAACCCAUUACCUUUCUUCUUUCAGUGUGGAUUGAUUUUCUAGGUUAGAAGUAAUAUUAUUUGGGAGUAUAUGACAGUAUAGUGUUCUGUAAGUCCCCAGAUGAUGGUGCUAGAAGGACAACAAAGAAAACAAAUCCAAAUUCAGAAUAAGUAUACAUCCUUGUGAGGGUGGAUUCCUGCCCACUUUGUAACUGAGGAGAUCCCGUGGUACGUAAUCGACCUACUACCAUGUGACAUCUGUUUCCCUUGGGAGGCGGUACCACAUUAGGGGCACAGGAUUGCUGCUGCUGGCAUGUCGGGCACUCAGCAAUGGCAGUUAGCCUAUGAUACACAAGGCUGGCUCUGGUGAGGGCAAGUCCAGAUUGAUGAGGUUUUGCACAGCUUCUGUCUUGACACCAUUACCACUUUAUUUACGAGCAAGCACUGAAAUGGUCGGACAAGGAGGUUGACCAGCAUCUGCAAAGUGAGUUGUCUUGCCAAACUGAUUAUGAUGAGCCUUCUCCGCAGUGGAGGACUCUUGGUGAACAUUUACCUGUGCACAAAUUAGUUGCACACUCUUGGCCCAAAGCUCCUCACUAGCAGUCUCCCCAUCAUGGUCAUUCCAAGUCACUGGUUGUCCAGUCAAGACACUAGCCUUUGCCCAGGAAUUGAUGGAGUUUCUUAGUUCAGGUUAAUCUCUUCUUCUGGAUGUAGAGGACAAGGAGAUGUGUUGCUUAAUGUUCAUGCCACUGGGAGGAUUUUUCUGCUUCCCUGUCCUUCAGGACAACUUCUGAGAGGGGCUACAUCACAAGCAGCAUCUCUAAAUGAGGCUCAAAAUAGUUUCUCCUCAGUCAAUGACACAAUAGUGUCCACAGUCAAGCAGGGGCCAGCGUGUAGCAUGAGCGGACACACAGCAAAUAUGAUCCAUCUGCUCUUUUUUUAAAAAAAAAUAAUUAAUUAGUUUGCCUGCACCAGGUCUUAGUUGCGGCAUGCAGGAUCUUCAUUGUGGCGUGCAGGAUCUUUAGUUGUGGCAUGCGGGAUCUUUAGUUGUGGCAUGUGGGAUCUAGUUCCUGGACCAGGGAAUCGAACCGAGGGCCCCUGCAUUGGGAACAUGGAGUCUUAACCACUGGACCACCAGGGAAGUCCCAAUCCAUCUGCUCUUGAAACAGUUAUCUUUCAGGACCUGUUCAGGCAUAGUCCUUAUUAUACAUAUUUAUUCCUUUUUUUGAUGUAGCACCUCUGGGCAGGAGUAGUAUAACAGCUAAUUGGACCAGCUAACACCUGGCCCACGUAAGGCAGCAUAGGUUACAUGGUGUCUAACGGCCCAGUUGCAAGUCAAAAGCUGUUUCUUUUUCUUUUUUAAAAAAAAACCUUUAAAAAUUUUAUGAUAAUAAUAAUAAAAUAAAAAAUACAAGAACUCUUUCUUAAAAAAAAAAACAAAAAAAAACCACCUCGCCUCCUCUAAGAACCUGAGACAUUUCCCGUGAGCUUGCACAUCACUUGUUACUGGGGCUCUGUAACCUCCUGAUCUGCCCCAAACACACUGAUGAAAAAAGGCUGAGGGUGGGGGAAAUCACCAGCCACACAUAUCUGGUCCUCGUCCAGGUGUAGUUAGAGACCUCCCUGCAGGCCGGGAUGAUUCUAGCAUUCAAGGUCCUUCAUGAUCUGGCAUUGUCUGUUUCUAGAAAUUCAUCUCCUGAACUCUGUUACAUUCAUCCUUCCUCCAACUUUUGAGCAUUUAAAAAUGGAUCUUAGGGCCUUCCUUGGCGGUCUAGUGGUUAAGACUCUGCGCUUCCCCUGUGUGGGGCGUGGGUUUGAUCCUUGGUCAGGGAACAAAGAUCCCGCGUGCCACGCGCGUUGUAGCCAAAAAUUCUUUUAAAAUAAAAUAAACGUGGAUUUUUAGAAGGACCAUUGCAAUUCCUUCAGGAAAAAACUGUUUUAAAUUAGUCUGCCAAUGUCUAUAAAUCCUUGAUUAAGGAAAAGGAAGUUCUGAGCAAAAUGCCAGUGAUUUUGCUUACUGUCUUUUGAAAGAAAUUUUUGUUUUGAAAUAUAGCAAACGAAGCUAUAAUACACAGAUAAAUAAUAUAAAACACAUGUACCAUUUACAGAAUAAUGAUAUGGUGAACAUCUACAUACACAUCUCUCCCUCUCUCUUUCUCACUCACAGACACACACACACCUAAACAUACUCAGGGUAAUAAAUAGAAUAUUUACUGGUACCUUUAAUAUUUUUCCUCCAUUUCGCCCUCCCCAACUUCCAAGUAACCACUAUUCUGUGUUAAUAAUUUCCUUGCUUUUUUUUUUUUACAGUUUUCCACCUAUGUUUGUAUUCCUAAACAAACAAUACAUUGUUUUGAAAAACUGAGUAUCAGAAACCUAGUUGUGUAAAGAAAGGGCCACUGUGACCUGGGAGUCAGUGGGUAAGGUAAGGUCAUGGAUGAGUGUGGCCAAGAAUCACAGGGUGCACCAUGGUCAGGACAGCAGGUGGGGUUGGAGUACGUAUGGACCAGGUAUUGGAUGCACAGCAGAAAUCUGUCAGAGAGAGUGGGUUGCCCUGUAUUUUCAGCUUCUAUGUUUAUGACCCACCUCUAGUGCUCAUGAAUAAAUGAAAGCGACCACUUAGGUGGAGUGAACUAACUGUCUGGGCAUAAAGAGAAGAGUGGAAGUUCAUAACCAUAUGGUUAAGCUAAGUCAAGCUUACGUAAGAAUCAGUGCCAGGCUCACUCUGUCCUCAAAAAGAUGGUACAAUGGCAAUAGAGAUCUUGGAAAUUAUAAUCUUCAAUAUACUGGUCUUUUGAGUACAUUGGAUAGGUUGCCCUCACAUCCAGGGUGUAGCUGUGAUCCUAGUACUUCUUUCAUGGUACUUCGUGGGAUUCCCUUUACCCCUCUCCCAUGUGGAAUCUUCUUUUUCCUCAUAUCUUAUCUGGUUCUCAGCUAAAUCUUUUUUUUUUUUUUUCCUCCUUGAGAGCUUCUUGAGGAAAGAGUGCAUGGGAGGCAAAUUUGGAGGGACUUUGAAAGUCUAAAAAUAUUUUAAAUCUAUCUUCAUACAUACAUAAUAAAUGAGCUGGGUAUAAAAUAAAAUUAUGCAAGAAAAUAAUUUUCUUUCAGAAUCUUGAAGGCAGUGCUCUGUAGUCUUUUUACUUCCAGAGUUUCUAAAGGAAAAUCAAAAACAUUCAUAUUCCAAAUUCUACCCUCUCUUUUCUAAAAACCGCCCCCACACACCAUCUCUAGAAGAUUGUAGAAUCUUCUCUUUGUUCCCAGUGUUCUGAAAUUUCACAGUGAGGUACCUUAGUGUAAGUCUUUUUAGUCAAUUGUGCCAGACUCUACACCCCUGCCCAACUCUACACCACUGGGCAAUUGCUCCUCACCUACCGAUGAUAGAAAAAUUCAGGUUUCUAGAUUUGUGAAAUUCACUCAACAGGGCUUUUGAUCAAACAUCUUGUUCUUCAGUUCUGAGAUUUUUUUCUUAAAUUACUUUAAUUGCUGAUUUCUGCCUCUCCAUUUUCUCUCUUUCUGGACUUCCUAUUACUUAGGUUUCGUACUCACCGGACAGAUCCUCUUACCUUCUCAACUAUUCUCUCUAAUCUUCUAUCUCUUUGUCUUUUUUCUCCACUUUUGUGGAAAUUUCCAAAACUGUUUUUCCAAGGAGCUCCUCAUUUCUGCUAACAUGUAUUUAAUUUCUAAGGGCUGUGUUUUUCUUCUCCUAGUGUUCCUUGUCACAGGAUCCUCUUCUUAUGUCAUGAAUAUGACACUGUCUUAUCUCUCUGAGGACGUGAAUAAUAGUCCCCCCAGCCCCUGCCCACGUUUUUUCUCCUUGUGUGCUCUCUGAUUCUCUAACUUGGGCUUUUUUUUUUUUUCUGUUUGAUUUUGUAUCUUGCCUCUUUUGCUCAGGAUUAAAUUCCAAUUACUCAUCCCCAGCCAGAAUACUCCAAAAGUGAUGUGUCCUUCUCAGGGUAACAUCUCUGGAGGUAUGUGAAUUCCACUUACCCCUCAUUGAUGAAGUUCAUUUUUUAAAACAACUUUGUUGAGAUAUAAUUCACAUACCAUAAAAUUCACCCAUUUAAAGUAUACAAUUCAACAACCACAGAAAUCACAAUUUAAAAAGUGUAUAUAAUUCAAUGGCUUUUACUAUGUCCACAGGGUUGUGUGAUUUCCACCACAGUCUAAUUUUAGAACAUUUUCAUCCCCCUUAAAAAUAACAUACCCGUUAGCUGUGACCUCUCAUCUCCUUCCCACCCCCCAUCCCACAUCCACUUCACCAAAAGCCCUAGUAACUACUAAUCGACUUUGUAGAUUUGCCUGUUCUUGACAUUUCAUAUAAAUGGAAGCAUACGCUAUGUGGUCUUUUGUGACAGCUUCUCUCACACAGUAUAAUGUUUUCAAGGUUGGUUUGUGCUAUAACAUGUGUCAGUACUUUGUUCCUUUUUAUGACUGAGUAGUACGCCAUUGUAUGAAUAUGUCACAUUUUAUUUAUCCAUUCAUGAGUUGAUGGACAUUUGGAUUGCUUCUACUUUCUGGCUAUUAUGAAUAAUUCUUCUAGAAGUAUUUGUUUGUGUACAAGUUUUUAUGUGGACAUAUGCUUUCCUUUCUUCUGGGUGUAUACCUAAGAGUGAAAUUACUGAGUCAUAUGGUAACUCUAUGUUUACAUUUUUGAGGAAGUGCCAAACUGUUUUUGCAAGUGGCUAUACCAUUUUACAUUCCCACCAGCAACCUAUGAGGCUUACAAUUCUCCACAUCCUCACCAAAACUUGUUAUUGUCCACAUUUUUUAUUAUAGCCACCCUAUAGGUUGGGUGCUUUAGCAGAAUCUUACUGCUAAAGUAAGUUUUGGUUUCCCUAAUGAGUAAUGAUGCUGAGCAUCUUUUCAUGUGCUUAAGGGCCACUUGUAUAUCUUCUUGAGAGAAAUGUAUAUUCAAAUCUCUUACCCAUUUAAAAUUUGGGUUAUUACUAAGUUAUAAGCAUUUUUAUGUAUUCUGGAUACAGUCCAUUAUCAGACAUAAGAUUUGCAAAUAUUUUCUCUCAUUUUUUGGGUUGUCUUCUCACCAUCAUUUUGCCCCCAGCUUUAUUGAGAUAUGUGAAAUAUAACAAUGUUUAACUUUAAGGUGUAUAACAUGAUGAUUUGGUAUAUGUACAUACUGUGAAAUGAUCAUCACAAUAAGGUUAGUCAACACAUCCAUCACUGCACAUAGUUAUCUUUCGUGUAUGUGUGUGUGUGUACACGCUGAGAAUAUUUAAGAGAUUCUCAUUUAGCAACUUCCAAAUAGUCUUCACUUUCUUUAUGGUAUCAUUUGCAGCACAAAGGUUUUUAAUUCUCAUGUAGUCCAAAUUAUCAAUUUUUUUCUUUCACUGCUUGCACCUUUGAUGAUAUAUAUAUAUUUAGUAAGAUGUGAAUUCAAAAAUCUAUAAAGGGUAAGAGCUAACUACACAUAAAAUUUUCUUAGAAAAUAUCAAUAUUUCUAUACAGGAAAAAAUGGAACUCUUACCCAAAAUAGCGGUACAAUUAUGAAUUUAUGUAGCUCCAUUCCCUCCAUUUCUUUCAAUUUUCUUAUUCUUAUUUAACAAACUUAAUUUUUACAAUUUCCAAGAUAAUUCCAUUCAUAAGCAAUCAACAGUAUUUUCAACCAUUAGUCAAAAGCAUUGUAAUACAUUGUAUUUUGUGAUAAUAAGACGAAUAUAGGGCUUCCCUGGUGGCGCAGUGGUUGGGAAUCUGCCUGCCAAUGCAGGGGACACGGAUUCAAGCCCUGGUGCAGGAAGAUCCCAUGUGCCGCAGAGCAACCAAGCCUGUGCGCCACAACUACUGAAGCCCAUGUGCCUAGAGCCCGCGAGCCACAACUACUGAACCCACGUGCUGCAACUACUGAAGCCUGCAUGCCUAGAGCCCGUGAUCCACAACGAGUAGAAGCCACCGCAAUGAGAAGCCCGCGCACCGCAAUGAAGAGUAGCCGCUGCUCACCGCAACUGGAGAAAGCCGGCACACAGCAGCAAAGACCAAAC